ACCACCAUGACGCACCAAUACCCCGCGCUGACGACCGAGCAGAAGAAGGAGCUGUCGGACAUCGCGCUGCGCAUCGUGGCCCCGGGCAAGGGCAUCUUGGCCGCCGAUGAGUCCGUAGGGAGCAUGGCGAAGCGCCUCAACCAGAUCGGGGUGGAGAACACGGAAGAGAACCCCCGGCUUUACCGCCAGAUCCUCUUCAGCGCUGACAGCCGGGUGAAGAAAUGCAUCGGGGGCGUCAUCUUCUUCCACGAGACCAUGUACCAGAAGGCUGAUGACGGCACCCCCUUCGUCCAGAUGAUCAAGGACAAGGGCAUCGUCGUGGGCAUCAAGGUGGACAAGGGUGUCGUGCCACUGGCUGGGACAGAUGGCGAGACCACCACGCAGGGUCUGGAUGGGUUGUCGGAGCGCUGUGCCCAGUACAAGAAGGAUGGGGCCGACUUCGCCAAGUGGCGCUGCGUGCUGAAAAUCAGUGACAACACCCCUUCUGCGCUCGCCAUCAUGGAGAACGCCAACGUCCUGGCCCGCUAUGCCAGCAUCUGCCAGCAGAAUGGCAUCGUGCCCAUCGUGGAGCCGGAGAUCCUGCCUGAUGGUGACCACGACCUCAAGCGGUGCCAGUACGUGACGGAGAAGGUGCUGGCAGCUGUCUACAAGGCACUGAGCGACCACCACGUCUACCUGGAGGGGACCCUGCUGAAACCCAACAUGGUGACUCCCGGGCACUCCUGCCCCACCAAGUACAGCCCCGAGGAGAUCGCCAUGGCCACUGUCACUGCCCUGCGCCGCACCGUGCCCCCAGCCGUGCCAGGUGUCACCUUCCUGUCCGGGGGUCAGAGUGAGGAGGAGGCUUCCAUCAACCUCAACGCCAUCAACACGUGCCCGCUGGUGCGGCCAUGGGCCCUCACCUUCUCCUACGGGCGGGCGCUGCAGGCAUCGGCGCUCGGCGCCUGGCGCGGGCAGCGGGACAACGCCACCGCCGCCACCGAGGAGUUCGUCAAGCGCGCAGAGGUGACGGGGAUGGCCCCCGCAGGAGAGGGGCGCUGA